UCGUCAUCGGCUCACCGUGCAUAGCACACGCAUCUUGAUCUUUCUCUCUCUAUAUAUACAUAUAUAAAAACACCCACAACCACAACACACACAUAUAUACACACAUACCGCACACACAUCUCAACCAUCAAUUUCCACCGAAACCCUAAUCCCCAAAUCUCUCAAUCCAAUCCAAUCCAAUCCAAUUCAAUCUUCUCUAUUCUGAUUCCAACUGAUCGAACAAUAAUCUCAAUCUAUGGCGAACGAAUCGGUGAAAACUCGGAGUCAACUCAGUAGAUUACAACGGCGUGCACCGGCGUCAAUACAGGUAACUCCGGCGAGUCAGUGGAACGCUGCGAUUCCGUUAUUAUCGCCGUUAGUUACUUCACCGGAGGUGAAGAAGAAUUGUGUUAAUAAUAAUAGUGAACAGGAGUGUCGAAGAGUUGUUAAUAGUGAUAAUAAGAUUUCGCCGGAGCCGGAAAAAGGUCCGGUUGUGUAUAAGAAGUGGCAACAUCCGGCGGCUCCGUUUUAUUAUGAGCCGGCGCCGACGACGUCGUUUUUGCAGUCGAUUUGUACUGGUGUUGUUGAUAGAACUAGAAGUUGAUGAUAGAUACAGAUUUAGGUUUCAUCAUCACAUGUAUUUUUUUUUUCUUUUAUCUUUUUAAUCUAAUGGUGAAUGAUUUUAUUUUGUU